CACUGUCGCCAUCUGGUCGCUCAGGGCUGUAUUUUCUGAAAGUCAAACGUGAUUGUUGUUGCGGCUAACUCCAGCAGACAUUUUUGCAAGAAAAAUUAAUAGAGAUGAGAUUAACAUCGAUAUUAUUUCGUAAUGCGAGACAGCCACAGAAUGAAAAGAAGGUACCUUUUAAGGAGGUUAUGCCAUUAAAAUUGAAGAAUUCUGUGAGUGGAAAGAAUCAGAAAACAACAGAAAAGGGAUGUUUAUUAGAAAUGUCUUUGCUUUUGACGUGUCUCGAAGAAAAUGAGUAUGAAGACAAAAGAUGUAUCCCAGAAUUAAAAGCAUUAAAUCAAUGCUAUCAAGUUUACACAAGUAAUAUAGAACGUGUGCAGUCUUUAAAGGAUCAAAUUAUGCUUGUACCUAACAAUAAGAACUUGACUCAUAAGCAGAUUACAUAUCUUCUACGAAGAUAUCCUACAGUAUAGUGUUUUUCUUUUUGUAAUGCUACUUCAAUGCAUUAACAUAUAAUAUAUUGUAAAACAAUUU